AGCCAAUCAAGAAAACAGAGUUGCUUUUUCAUGUCUCUGCAAUUUUUUCUUUUCCCUUUGAAAUCACACAGCAGAAGGCCCCCAAAAGUCGCCCCAAGAUCAAAGAUUUUUUAGCAAUCUGUCUUCAAGAUCCUGUAGCCCCUCCUCCACUGUUCGAAAUACAUUUAAAUUUCUCUUCUUUUUUUGCCAUGCCCGGCAGUAAAGAUCGCCCACAAUUUGAGCUUUGUCCGAGCUGAGCUGACUUGCCCCCCCCUCUUUGUGUGAUCACAGAACUUCCAACUUAUUUGUCACCCGGUGAAAAAUUUCAUCUUUUUUCGCCUGUACAAGACUCCCACUGGUUCCAAGUUUCGAUUUUUUUGGGUCCCUUUUGUUCCUCUGUAUUUUGGAUUUUUUGUUUGGUUUUCCAUUUGGCGAAACUUGGUCUUCUGUCCGAAUUCGGAGCUGCUCGGGAAAUUGCUGGUGUAAAAAAGGAAAUGGGUCUUUGAUGUCUGGCUCGUAGAAGUUCGAUUAUUUGUUUCUAUUUUUUUUUUAAAGCUUUCGGUUAUGGAGGGAAGAGAUGGCGUGGGUGCUAGUAGUGGGGGUGUCACGGUGGUGGGAUCAGACGCCCCGUCGGCCUACCAUGUCGCCCCAAGAGCCGAGAACCCAAACCCGACGCCCGGAUCGGCGCCACCUCCGGCGACGGUGGCUCCGCCGCCUCCGGCCGCCGCGGGGAUUCUGGCGAAGAAGAAGAGGGGCCGGCCAAGAAAGUAUGGGCCUGACGGGUCGGGAGGGCCGGCGCUGUCGCCUAGGCCGAUAUCGUCGGCGGCACCGCCGCCGCCGGUGAUCGACUUCUCCACCCCGAAGCGCGGCAAAGUAAAGCCGGCCGGGUCGGUCAGCAAGCCCAAGUUUGAAGUGGAGAAUCUUGGUGAAUGGGUCGCAUGCUCUGUGGGUACCAAUUUUACUCCCCAUAUUAUCACCGUUAAUACAGGAGAGGACGUCACGAUGAAAGUCAUUUCCUUUUCUCAACAAGGACCUAGAACCAUAUGCAUUCUCUCUGCGAACGGCGUGAUCUCAAGUGUUACGCUUCGUCAACCUAAUUCCUCUGGCGGUACCUUGACAUAUGAGGGUCGUUUCGAGAUAUUAUCCUUAACUGGAUCAUUCAUGCCCAACGACACUGGAGGAACAAGGAGCAGAUCUGGCGGGAUGAGCGUCUCAUUGGCGAGCCCAGACGGACGUGUCGUGGGCGGCGGCGUCGCUGGUUUGCUCGUGGCAGCAAGUCCUGUGCAGGUUGUGGUGGGCAGUUUUCUUGCGGGAGAUCAGCACGAGCAGAAGACAAAGCACCCAAAACAUGACAUUCUAUCAACAACAAACCAAUCUGGAAUUGUUCCGAUACCUCUCUCGGACCCUAGCGUAAUUCUCUCGACAAGUCCAUCCUAUCGAGGAGAUAACUGGUCGUCGCUCCCAUCAGAUUCAAGAAGCAAGACGACUGACAUCAACGUGUCCGUGCCCUGAGGGAUGUCAUAUAUUUUUCGUCAGGAACCACGUGAUAA